AUGGCGAUCCUCUAUGCCUUGGUUGCCAGAGGCACGGUGGUUCUGGCGGAGUUCAGUGCCGUCACCGGCAACACAGGCGCCGUCGCUCGUCGGUUACUCGAGAAGCUUCCUACCGAAUCGGAUUCCAGACUUUGCUUCUCUCAAGAUAGAUAUAUCUUCCACAUACUCCGAUCCGAUGGCCUCGCGUACCUUUGUAUGGCCAACGACACCUUCGGAAUUAGUUCAUCUAUUAAGAGAUUCAAUUGUGUUGCGGAGAGGUGUUCUUCAGAGGUUUUUCUGGCUUCUGUUGAGUGUUUGGAACUGAUCAGGCUUGAUACUGCAAAUUAUGCAACCGCGUUAGAAGCAGAAUCAAACAGAGGCUUCAUUCAAUUGGCAUCUGAGGAACAUGGUAAAAGGGAGAAGAACAAACCAGUGAUGCUAACUGGAUUAAUGGACAAUCAUUGGAAGGCUUGCACUGAUUGGGUUAACCCUAAUGGAAAACCUAAUCUCCAAUUUUUCUCCACUCAUUUUGGUUCCUCCAAAGUUCAGAUUGCAGACUGUGAUACCAGAGAUUUUACUGAUCAAAAAAGGGAGGACAUGUUGGUUUCCGAUUUCGUUCGACUUUGCUUUAAAUAUGAAGGUUCUGCACAUUUUGUGAAGGAGUAUCCUGAUUACGUACCAUACAUCACUCCGAUGUUCUUUUGUGAUGAUUGGCUCAACUUGUAUCUCGAUAACUUUAGAAUGAAUACUUAUUCCGACAGAGACCAGCAAAAUAAGGAAAUAUGUUGCUCUGACUAUCGUUUUGUUUACAUGGGAGUAAAAGGAUCUUGGACUCCUCUACAUGCUGAUGUUUUCAGAGCAGCUCCGAAGGCUCUUCAAAUUGAUGAAGAUGGUGAGAAAAUCAGAUAG